UGGUCUGAGCCGAGCUCUGCUUCCCAAAGCAAAAUUUGUAAUAUGCCAUUUUUCCCAUGGAUGCUUCUCCCCUUGGCUGCUGACGAAGUGACCGAAGAAAAUGCUGAGGUGCCGAGCAGCCAGUCUUGCCGGAGGACGGGUGCGGGGGCUUGGGGUUCCUCGGAGCGACGCCUGUGUCACCAUUGCUAGGAAGAUGGUCCAGGAGUGCUCGGCUGUGUGAGUCCCCGCUCGAAGCCGGUGGAGACUGCGGUUGUUAUUGAUCAAGUGAAAUAGCAGACGCCGAAAUAAAAGCCACUAGAAAUGAUGUGUGAAGUGAUGCCAACGAUAAACGAGGACACCCCGAUGAGUCAACGGGGGUCCCAAAGCAGCGGCUCAGACUCGGAUUCUCACUUUGAGCAGCUGAUGGUGAACAUGCUGGAUGAAAGGGACCGUCUCCUUGAUACUCUUCGGGAGACACAGGAAAGCUUGUCACUUGCACAGCAACGCCUACAGGAUGUCAUCUACGACAGAGACUCCCUCCAGCGACAGCUUAACUCAGCACUGCCUCAGAUGACGGUUGCUGCUGGUACGAGCAUUGAGAAUAACAUUCAAAGGACCAUAUCCUGCCCUAAUGAAUUUGCUGCACUGACAAAAGAAUUAAAUGCGUGCAGGGAACAGCUGCUUGAAAAAGAGGAGGAGAUUUCAGAACUGAAGGCUGAAAGAAACAACACAAGACUGUUACUGGAGCAUUUGGAGUGCCUUGUCUCAAGACACGAAAGAUCACUGAGGAUGACAGUGGUGAAACGGCAAGCACAGUCUCCCUCAGGAGUUUCCAGUGAAGUUGAGGUCCUUAAAGCUCUGAAAUCUCUGUUUGAGCACCACAAGGCUUUGGAUGAAAAGGUAAGGGAACGACUGAGGGUUUCUUUAGAAAGAGUCUCUGCACUGGAAGAAGAACUAGCUGCUGCUAACCAGGAGAUUGUAGCUUUGCGUGAACAAAAUGCACACAUUCAAAGGAAAAUGGCAGCUGGUGAAGGGCCUGCUGAAUCAGAGCAUAUUGAAGGAAUGGAGCCAGGGCAAAAGGUUCACGAAAAGCGCCUAUCCAAUGGCUCUGUAGACUCAAAUGAUGAAGCCAGUCAAGUUGUUGAACUUCAGGAACUACUGGAAAAGCAAAACUAUGAAAUGGCACAAAUGAAGGAGCGUUUGGCUGCACUGUCUUCCCGGGUGGGAGAGGUAGAGCAGGAAGCAGAGACUGCCAGAAAGGAGCUCAUUAAAACAGAAGAAAUGAACAGUAAAUAUCAGAGAGACAUUAGAGAGGCAAUGGCGCAAAAGGAAGAUAUGGAAGAAAGAAUAACUACGUUGGAGAAGCGCUACCUCAGUGCACAGAGAGAAUCCACCUCCAUACAUGACAUGAACGAUAAGCUGGAAAAUGAACUGGCAAACAAGGAAGCCAUCCUACGUCAGUUGGAAGACAAAAACAGACAGCUGCAAGAGCGUCUAGAACUGGCUGAGCAGAAGCUGCAACAGACAAUGAGGAAGGCUGAAACCUUACCUGAAGUGGAGGCUGAGCUGGCUCAGAGAAUAGCAGCUCUGACUAAGGCAGAAGAAAGACAUGGAAACAUUGAGGAACGCAUGAGACACUUAGAAGCUCAACUUGAAGAGAAGAAUCAGGAACUUCAAAGAGCAAGGCAAAGAGAAAAAAUGAAUGAGGAGCACAACAAAAGAUUAUCGGAUACUGUAGACAGACUUUUGACAGAAUCCAAUGAGCGUCUGCAGCUACACUUAAAAGAGAGAAUGGCAGCACUUGAAGAAAAGAAUGUUUUGAUUCAAGAAUCUGAAAGUUUCAGGAAAAAUCUGGAAGAGUCUUUACAUGACAAGGAGCGACUUGCUGAAGAAAUUGAGAAACUGAGAUCUGAACUGGAUCAAAUGAAAUUGAGGGCUGGUUCUUUAAUCGAACCCACAUUGUCAAGGCCUCACCUUGACACAUCAGCAGAGCUGAGGUAUUCUGUGGGCUCACUAGUUGAUAGCCAGUCUGACUAUCGGUCAACUAAAGUGAUAAGGCGACCUAGAAGAGGCCGGAUGGGCGUACGCAGAGAUGAACCAAAGGUAAAAUCACUUGGAGAUCACGAGUGGAAUAGGACUCAGCAGAUUGGUGUUUUGAGCAGCCAUCCAUUUGAAAGUGACACUGAAAUGUCCGACAUCGAUGACGAUGAUAGAGAAACGCUUUUUAGCUCCAUGGACCUUCUGUCACCAAGCGGCCAUUCCGAUGCCCAGACUCUGGCCAUGAUGCUUCAGGAGCAGCUAGAUGCCAUCAAUAAAGAAAUCAGGUUAAUCCAAGAAGAGAAAGAGUCAACAGAACUGCGUGCUGAAGAAAUAGAGAACAGAGUGGCCAGCGUGAGUCUGGAAGGCUUAAAUCUGGCCAGAGUCCACCAGGGUACAUCGAUUACUGGCUCAGUGACUGCAUCGUCACUUGCAAGCUCAUCUCCUCCCAGUGGACACUCAACUCCUAAACUCACCCCUCGCAGUCCUGCCAGGGAGAUGGACAGAAUGGGGGUUAUGACGCUGCCAAGUGACCUAAGGAAGCAUCGGAGAAAGAUUGCAGUAGUUGAAGAGGAUGGGCGUGAAGAUAAAGCCACAAUCAAAUGUGAAACUUCUCCUCCCCCAACACCCAGAGCUAUCAGAAUGACUCAUACCCUUCCUUCUUCAUACCACAAUGAUGCCAGAAGUAGUUUGCCUGCUUCACUGGAACCAGAAAGCAUUGGUCUUGGCAGUGUCAACAGCAGCCAAGACUCCCUGCACAAAGCUCCCAAGAAGAAAGGAAUCAAGUCUUCAAUAGGACGUUUGUUUGGUAAAAAAGAGAAGGCUCGACUUGGACAGCUCAGAGGUUACAUGGAAACUGAGGCAGCAGCUCAGGAAUCUCUGGGAUUAGGCAAACUUGGAACCCAAGCAGAAAAGGACCGAAGACUAAAGAAAAAACAUGAACUUCUGGAAGAAGCUCGGAGAAAGGGUUUGCCUUUUGCACAGUGGGAUGGGCCUACGGUGGUUGCCUGGCUGGAGCUCUGGCUAGGCAUGCCAGCCUGGUAUGUUGCUGCCUGCCGUGCCAACGUGAAGAGUGGAGCUAUUAUGUCUGCUUUGUCUGAUACUGAGAUUCAAAGAGAAAUUGGCAUCAGCAAUCCUCUUCAUCGCUUAAAGCUCCGAUUAGCAAUCCAGGAGAUGGUAUCACUGACGAGUCCAUCAGCACCUCCAACAUCCAGAACACCCUCAGGCAAUGUUUGGGUGACCCAUGAAGAAAUGGAAAAUCUUGCUGCUCCAGCUAAAACGAAAGAGUCUGAAGAAGGCAGCUGGGCUCAGACCCUGGCUUAUGGUGAUAUGAACCAUGAAUGGAUAGGUAACGAAUGGCUCCCCAGUCUGGGUUUACCUCAGUACCGAAGUUAUUUUAUGGAAUGCCUGGUAGAUGCGAGGAUGUUAGAUCAUCUGACAAAGAAAGAUCUGCGUGUGCACUUAAAAAUGGUGGAUAGCUUUCAUCGAACAAGCUUGCAAUAUGGAAUCAUGUGUUUAAAGAGGUUGAAUUAUGAUAGAAAAGAACUGGAAAAGCGAAGAGAAAUGAGUCAGCAUGAAAUCAAAGAUGUGCUGGUAUGGAGCAACGAUCGAGUCAUACGCUGGAUACAAGCUAUUGGCCUCCGAGAAUAUGCAAAUAAUAUUCUAGAAAGUGGUGUACAUGGUUCACUUAUAGCACUGGAUGAAAACUUUGAUUACAGCAGUUUAGCUUUAUUGUUACAGAUUCCAACACAAAACACCCAGGCACGGCAGAUCCUUGAGAGAGAAUACAACAACCUUUUAGCACUAGGAACUGAAAGACGACUUGAGGAAAGCGAUGACAAGAACUUCAGACGUGGCCCCUCCUGGCGACGACAGUUUCCUCCGCGUGAGGUUCACGGGAUCAGCAUGAUGCCAGGCUCCUCAGAAACGCUGCCAGCCGGGUUCAGAUUAACCACAACAUCGGGGCAGUCACGGAAGAUGGCGACUGAUGUUGCUUCAUCACGACUGCAGAGGUUAGACAGCUCAACAGUUCGCACAUACUCAUGCUGACAAGGCCUAGCAAAGAAGCCAGCACUGAAUUGUUAUGUCAUCUCUUUCUUCUACUUUACCUGAAGUGCACUACCACUACUUAGGAAAAAAAAAGCAUUAAAACUCUCUACAAGAACAGGGUAAUAGGGAAGAAAACACAUAAGGUAUAUCAGACAAACAGAUAUGAUAUUCCUUUUAUGUAUUGGUUAGUUUAAAACAAGAGUAAAAAAAAUACUGAAAUUACUAUUAAAAAAGAAAAACAAAACAACCUCCACCUAUCCUCUCAGCAUCUCUGUCAUCAGAAAUUUGGCAGUAGUGCACAUCCAAAGCUUUUAUCAAAUGAAGCCACUCAUUUUUACAUUGUUCCAUCUGUUUUAUUGUAAAAUACUAGACAUUUACGUAUUUACUGUGUAUGUAUUUCUUUUAAAAUGUGUAAGUCUUAUGUAAAUGGAUAUAAAUAUGAUUUUUUAAAAAUAAAAUCUAUGGUACAUGGGGUCUCAGUGCAAACAUUUGACAAUACAGUGUCAAUAAUACUGUUUGUAUCUUUCCAUUCCACCAUUUUUACAGUUUUUGGAUUGUAACAGUCAAAUUAAUAUGUUUAGCAGAGUUAGAAGCUUCAACAUGUUCCUACUGAGAAAAUCUGCCAGUAUUUAAGCUGAACACCUGCCUCUGAUGAUGUAUAAUAGAAUGACAUAACCUGGACCUGGAGCCAAAAUGGACCUCUAAAGACAAAAUGGAAAUGUCAGAUAUCUAUAGAGAAGCACCAUGAUGGCUCACCUCUUAACAAAUAAACCCAGAAGAACUGUUUACAAAAAAAAAAAAAAAAAGGCAAUUUAAUAAAACAUGGUUUAUACAAAAAGACAAAAACUUUCUUCUAUGUUACCUGCGGACCAAGAAGAAUCUUGCUUUACCAAGACCCACCUUUUCGUUCCAGGAUCUUCAGACACCAGCCAGCAUUGGAAAAUUAAAUCUAAUAUUUGCAUAGAAUCAGAUUCUCGUUUCCAGAUAUAUUCAACAAAGAAAAUGAAAGAAAAGAGAAGCCAAACCCCACCAUUUCUUCAUUAUAACAGGGCAUUAGACAGGCUCCUGUCUAACGUUAUGCUUUUAGCCAAGAUGGCCUUGCUGAGACUUCACAGAAGUCAGUUUUAUCAGAGGAAAUAACUGAAAGACAGAGUGAUUAAUAUAUAGUGUAUAAAAGUUUAGAAGAGCAACUAUUACCUGCUGUGGCUUUAUUUGGUGGUGUUAUUGUUGUUUAUUCUUUGUUUAAAUGGGAAGUUUCAAAGUAAGACCUACUUAAUAGUCAUUUACCUAUUUGCUAUUUUUCUGCUGCUUGAUCUUAGCUCAAGACCUGUCUUUUAGUUAUUUCUUUUAGCAGUUUGAUCUGCAAUGUUUGCACGUACAUAAACAUUUGUUUUGUCUAUUUUCAUUCGGCAAACUUCAGUCAAUCAGAUGGUGAAAGAUUUUUCUCCCCCAAUGUCAAUAAAGAAGAAUUCAGUGCUA